CAUAGUCCUCGCGUAAAGGAGCUUCAAAGUCAGAUUAACAGUGAUGAGCUCUAUCAUUGUGCUUGUAUCAUCUUGGAUGGACUGUAACAGUGUCUGAAACUUUCUGGAUCUAGGAAAAAUACUAAAGAAGUUGGAUUUGAGCAUCAGAAGUGAGAUCAUGACAGAGGAGCAGGAUAAGUCCAGCGCAGAGCCGCCGUGCAGCCCGGCCGGUUCAUCCAGUUCGAUGUCUCAGGAAGAGUCGGACUCUGACGCAUCUUCAUCUCCCGCUGGAUCUACUAGCCACCCUUCACUCAUGAUAACGAGAAUGGGUAAAAAACUGGAGGAUGAGGAUGACAGAUUCCCGGCGUGUAUCAGAGACGCGGUUUCGCAGGUUCUGAAGGGUUAUGACUGGUCUUUAGUACCCAUGCCAGCGCGAGGCAGCGGCGCGCUCAAGAACAAACCGCACGUGAAGAGACCCAUGAACGCGUUUAUGGUUUGGGCUCAAGCCGCGCGCAGGAAACUGGCGGAUCAGUAUCCGCACCUACACAACGCCGAGCUCAGCAAAACCCUCGGGAAACUCUGGAGACUGCUGACGGAGAAUGAAAAGAGACCGUUUGUGGAAGAAGCAGAAAGAUUGAGAGUUCAGCACAAGAAAGAUCACCCGGAUUAUAAAUACCAGCCGAGGCGACGAAAGAGUGUGAAGCCAGGUCAGAGUGAGUCUGAUGCCGGCGUUGAUCUAACCCAUCACAUGUAUAAAGCUGAACCUGGAAUGGGGCGAUUGGCAAGUUCCUCGGAUCACAUCUCUGAUCAUACAGGUCAGCCUCAUGGACCCCCGACACCCCCAACAACACCCAAAACAGAACUCCAUCAUGGAGGAAAGCAAGAUUCAAAGCAUGAAGGUAGACGUUUGCUUGACAGCAGUCGACAGAAUAUCGACUUUAGCAAUGUUGACAUUUCUGAGCUCAGCACAGACGUCAUCAGCAACAUAGAAACCUUUGAUGUGCAUGAGUUUGACCAAUACUUGCCUCUCAGUGGCCAUGCCGGAGCCGUUUCGACCUCAGAGCACGGUCACGGGCAGAAUGCCAGCUCUGGAGGUGCUUACGGUUCAUCUUACAGCCACGGGGCUUCCUGGAGUCGCAAAGGGCCCGUGGCAUCCUCGUCACCUGGCACAAGUGAAGUGAAUCAGCACAGAGCUCACAUUAAAACUGAGCAGUUAAGCCCGAAUCACUACAGCGAGCACUCACCCUCACACUCAGAGUACAGCAUUUACAGCCCACAUGCAUGCGCCACCUCAGUCGCCGCCUCAUUCGCCAGCACUCAGUGUGACUAUACAGACCUUCAAAGCUCCAGCUAUUACAGCCCCUAUACCAGCUACCCAUCUGGCCUCUACCAGUACCCAUACUUCCAUUCCUCACGGAGGCCGUACGGAAGCCCCAUACUCAACAGCUUGUCCAUUCCGCCCUCCCACAGUCCCACCACCAACUGGGAUCAGCCGAUUUACACCACGUUAUCCCGGCCAUAAGGCCCAGCCACGUUGUUGUACUGUGUCUGUUAUUAUGAUGAAGGACAGCAUUAGCUGAGGGGGUUUGUGCCAACUAACUAUAAAAUAAGUGCCUGCUGAUUUUUCGACAUCAUUUGAUUGCUCACACACAUCAAAACAUUGACUUUUGGUGCUAAAUGUGAUGAAUUUGUGCCUGUACAGCCAGCAGAAAUCCUCUGUUACAGGACCUACAAAAGUUUCUUGAACAGCUGAAAGGGUGGAGGGCUGAAAUGAUUUUUGAUAAACACAGCCGUAUUGUUGGAUCGUUAUUUGAAUAGUUAGUUGAAUCGUUAUUUUUGGGAGCAUUCCUGUGGGAAAAAUAUCUGUGAAUGAUAUCUGCAGCAAAACCUUGUUUUGUGUUCAGCUCAGCAGUCACCAGAUAAUUAAAUCAAAUCCUUGAAAAAUAAUGGGUGACAUACAUGGUUAACAAUGAAAAUUAUUUUUGUCUUUUUAUGUAUGCAUAAUAUUAGUGAGCACUUUAACAUGUCAAAAGCUCUUAAUUUCCAGUAAGUUCAUUAAUAAUUGCAUUUUUAACAUCACCAGUCAUUGAUAUUACAUGCUUAUUCUCAUUGACUGUUUUGAAUGAAAUCAAUUUCUUUAAUUAUACAGCAAUCAGUUGAAAAUUUUGAUUACAUUUUUUAGGCUGUGAAACAAACACACAAAACAGUGUUUACUCUACAUCAUUCUAACAUUGUCUAACAGUAAUUGCUGGCAAUACUUGUGGAAAAAUAAAAUUUUCUCUUAAAGCUUA